CCUAGGUCCUAAGGACGCCCCCGCAAAAGGCCUGGAGAAGAAGCCGAUGACUUUUACCUCAGAAGAGUCCAGGGCGCGGAGUCCUCGGGUCUGAAGCGCCCAGACGCCUCCUGCGGCAGCUCAGCCUCCCGACGCCCCGGCGCGCACCCCACGGCCUCCCAAGGGACUCCGGCCGUGGCCUCCCGCCUUUUCGCCCGGCGUCCAGAGGGGGCAGCGCGCGACCCGGAUGGCGGCGACCGUGACCCUGGAACCCACGGGCCGCUGCUGCUGGGACGAGCCAGUGCGUAUCACCGUGCGCGGACUGGCCCCGGGGCAGCGGGUCACUCUGCGCGCCUCCCUGCGCGACGAGAAGGGCGCGCUCUUCCGGGCCCACGCGCGCUACUGCGCGGAUAGCACCGGCGAGCUGGACCUGGCGCGCGCGCCCGCCCUGGGCGGCAGCUUCGUUGGGCUCGAGCCCAUGGGGCUCUUCUGGGCCCUGGAGCCUGAGAAGCCUUUUUGGCGGUUCUUGAAGCGGGACGUGCAGACGCCUUUCACCGUGGAGUUAGAGGUGCUGGGCGGCCACGACCCCGAGCCCCAGUGGCUGCUGGGCCGAGCGGUGCACGAACGGGGCUUCCUGCCGCCAGGGGUUCGGAGGGAGCCGGUGCGCGCGGGCAGGCUGCGCGCCACGCUCUUCCUGCCGCCAGGACAUGGACCUUUCCCAGGGGUCAUUGACAUCUUUGGUACUGGAGGGGGCCUGUUGGAAUACAGAGCCAGCCUUCUGGCAGGCCAUGGCUUUGCCACGUUGGCUCUAGCUUAUUAUGACUUUGAAGAUCUACCCAAGGAAUUUGACAAAAUACACACGGACUACUUUGAAGAAGCCCUGGACUACAUGCUUCAACACCCCCAGGUAAAGGGCCCAGGCGUUGGGCUUCUGGGCAUUUCUCUAGGGGCUGAUAUUUGCCUCUUCAUGGCCUCGUUCUUGAAGAACAUCUCAGCCACAGUUUCCAUCAAUGGAUCUGGAUUCAGUGGAAACAAAACCAUAUGCUACAAGCAGACUAGCAUUCCACCAUUGGGCCAUGACCUGAAGAGAAUCAAGGUAGCCACUUGACCGCUCUCCUGCUGUUCUCUACGAAAGCUCGGUGUGCCACUUACCACUCACAGGACAAGUCCCCCAGGACACCACCAUACUGAUUGGGUCAGACGUUCAUGCUCCCAGUGUGUGCACAAGGGUUACUCUGCUCCCUCUGGGACCAGGACCAGGGAUCUGCACUGGAAGCGUGGGCCGGCUCCACGCUGCAUUGAUUUUACUAAUGCGAGUUACGUUUGCAGAAGAUUCAAUCAGAAGUAUACAAUACAAAAAAGUUAAAAACAUCCAAAUUGUUAUCAUUGGUGUUUUGUUUUCUAGGUUUUUUCAGUUAAUGCUUUGAGUCAGAGAUGUGCUUAAAGGCUAAGCAAACACUGGGCUAUUUUUUCCAUCGCUGUGAGAGAAAGGCCAUCCAGUAUUUGCAGCUGACUCUUCAUCUACUCUUAGCAGUGUAGAAUUUUCUUUGGCCAAAGUGUGCAGAGGGUAUUGAUAUAAGGAAGGCUAGACUGACCUUUUUUCAUAGAGAUCAUAGAAAAAUCUUUUGGGAAGAGGAGUAGGAGAAAAGAACAUCUGUCUCUAGAAGAGUUAAGGCUAACCAAGGAUGAGUAACUAAGACCCUUUCCUCUCUUGCUUCCUGACUCUAAGAAUAGACCUUGGAAAAUCACCCUGUGAAGUAAUAGAGCCAUCAUUACUCACUUUCCUUGACAUCAGAGUGACACAGUUUCGAUGAGUUUAUAGUAUUCGUCUUUACUAAAAAAGUAAAUUAGAGGAAAUUAAUAAAUAUGGAUGAGAAAAUUUUAAAUAAUGAUAAACGUUAUUUUUCCCAUAGUCAAGGGCAAAGCAUUCACAAAAUUAAGUCUUUCAACGAAGCUUCCCCUCACCCCCCUCCCCACAGUGGCCUCCAGUGAGACUGUCAAAGAUGGACUUUGGUAGUUCAAGUCCUGAAGAUCAUUGGAAAGGUUUCCCAGGGAGGUGGAAUUGUAGAUAUGGUUCUCUUUUUUUCUAAACGUUAGUAGGUUAUGUUGGUUUCUUCUCAAACACACAUCUCUUUCACCAAAGGCAUAUACAUAUGCAUUUACAGAAUCAUCUGUUCAAAACCAUAGGAUGAAGAGAAACUUUUUUUCUUAACUGCUCUAUAGUUUAUGACAGCCCUGCCAACAAGGGGUUUAUAUUUCAUUAUUUUGCUGAUCUUUAUUAAUUCUUUUGCUUCAUUCUCCUAUUCCUUCUUCUGCCCACAUUACCACAUAGCCUAUCUGCCACUUUGUGGAAGAGGAAAUGUGCCCCUUUGAGGGCUUCCAAGGAUAAGAAACUACUAAACCAUAUUUUUCAGUGGCUACUCCCUUAGCUGCCCAAAGAACCAGAAGCUUUGAAAUUGCUGCUUUGUAAGGGCCUGAAUAAGUUCCUGGACAAGGAGACAUUUCCCUUAUCAAAGUGUCAAGUGAGGAUGGAGGCAUUUUUCCUUCCUGAUACAUGUAUGAUAAACUGCUAGGUAUCUAUUAAAAGGAAAGAAAGGCAGUAUAUUAUGGGGUACAAAAGAAAAGUGGGGAGGAGGGUAAAGAGUAGGACCUAUAGCUGUUGAGUUCUCCAGGGCUGGUCUUGGUUCCUCUUCUUUCUCCAUUCUGUCCAAGCAGUCUCAUCCAUUCCUUUGACUAGCAAGAGCAUCUAAGAGACAAUACUCCCAAAUUUAUAUUCACAGCCCAAAUUUUCCUUCUCAACUGUAAGCCAGUAUAUCCAAUUGCCUCCCUUGCAUCUCUACUCCUGUGUCACAGAAAUCUCAAUUUUCAAACCUAAAAUUGAGCAUUCCAUGUCUGUCUCUCAACCUUUCUUCCACAAAUAAAUAGAUAAGUAAACCCAUGUUCUUCUCCAAGUCUUCCAUAUCUCAAUAAAUAGCAUUGUCAUAAACCCAGUUGUUCAAGCUAGAAAUCUAGGACUCAUUCUUGAUUUCUUUUCCACUUCCCACAUCUCCAGCAGUAAGUCCUGUUGUUCCUACCUCUAAAGACAAUUCUGUGCAUGUGAAAACAUAUGUCCACACAAACAACUGUACAAAAGUGCUCACAGCAAUAUUAUUCAUGACAACCCCAAAGUGGAAACAACCAAAAUGUCCAUUAACUGAUAAAUGGAUAAAUAAAAUGUGGUGCAUGCAUAAUGUAAUAUUAUUUGGCAUGAAAAAGAAAUGAAAUACUAGUAUGUGAUACUAAUGGUUAAACCUGAAAAACAUUAUGUCAAGUGAAAGAAGCCAGUCACAAAGGAUCACAUAUUGUAUUAUUCCAUUUAUAUGAAAUUUCCAAAAUAGGCAAAUCUACAAAAUCUGCAGACAAGUAGAUUAAUAGUUGCCUAGUGCUGGGGGGAUAGCUGGACUCAGGGGAUGGGAUUUCUU